UUCAGACUGUCUGACUGUUGCAAAAUUUGGACAUGAAAGUUUGAUGCGAGAUUCUACCAGCUACGUGAUAAGGCUUCCUUUGUCUACAAUGCGCAAACACGUGUGUGAAUAAGAUAUUGGCCGAGGAAUCCUCGCUGCUCUCGAAAAAGCCUCGCCUUCAAGGAUACAUUGGACAGAAUGAAUUUCGGUGUAUGUAAAAUGGCACCGACAGCGUUAUCAAGCGUAAAGAUAGAGACAAUGAAGGGUAUUGGGUGUUGAGCUGCGAGCCGUUCAGCCCGUCUCGCCGCAGUUGCUGCAAAAGUAAUACACUAUUCCUGAAAGGUGACUCUGGAGAUGGAACCUCCGAUAGAAGCUGACACUAAAAGCGACAUCUCGAGUUGAAGCAGCGCGGCGUAUCGACGUUGACUCCGAACUCCGUUGGUCGCAAGUCACGUGUCAUCAUUUCUGGCCAUGGAUGGAAUCGGUACUGUCACGUGGGAAACCUUUAUCAAAGAUGCUCAAGCUUUGUUAAAGGUUUCCGACAAGAUUCACGAUGAUUGGGAACUCGUCGGCGAUCAGGGCGCACCCGGAAUGGCGUACCUUUCACGCCAAGUGAAAACGUACGUCCCGUGCGAAUAUCCAAUCGACGAGCCACCAACUGGUACCGACAAAGAUUAUUGGGCUAAAAACUUGGACGCCAGGUUGGCCAAGGACCCUUUUGAGGCGGCUUCGAAAGACGAGAGGCCGCUGAUCACACUUCACCACGUUCUGUGGUCCAUGAGUUAUAGCGUACCAGUACUUUACUUCAAUGGAUGGAAGUCUGAUUUCGCGGGCUGCAAUCCGGUCAGCGCCGAGGUCGCACAGAAAUUAAUAAGCAACAACAACCUGUGUUACUCGGAAUUAUCCCAGGCAAUUCAUCCGAUCUUAGGAACUCCAUUUCUCCAAUUGCAUCCGUGCGGUUCUCAAGAUCUCUUGAGGCAUGUCUGGAAAAGCAACAACAAGCUUGUAAGUUGGCUGAGUGUGGCCGCGCCUGCAGCGUUGCAGCUGAAACUUCAUGAGGAUUAUUACAAACUGACGAUCGCAGACGAGUCACGUGAGCCGGAGGUCAUGUAUGAAGCUUAUUAGCGAUCCGUGAUAACGACAUCAUUGGCGAUGGCAGAAUCAGGGCUGGCAUUAUUUGUAUUGAAAUAAAUUUUACACUUAACUUAAAAA